CGCAUGCGCGUUAUCUUCACGGACGGAGAAACAGACCUCACAACAGGAAAAAAAAAAGUGUUAAAGACAAAGGACCGGACAGCCUUUAGGGAAAGCAAAAACCAAAACCAGCUCAGUUAGUUUUUUUAGACCGCUUUGUAGAGGUUCGGCUGUCUCACCACCGGCCGGAACCGGACGGAGCAACGCCAGAGAAGCUUCGUGUUCAGCUUUCUGGUGAUGGAAAGUCCUGCAAAACAGCACGCCUGCUGACUGGAGGGACACAACGGUCAACGCACACAAACACUCACAGGAUGGAGGAAGUGGAAACACACAAGAGAGGGAUGACAACUUGAUUUAUGAUUUUUAUCGAAGGAUCCCAUUUUCUUCAUACUUUUUAUUUUUCCACCCCUGUCUAAAUUCUGUCCUGAAUUCCACUUUCUACGUCCUCUCCUGUUGAGAGAGGUGGUGUUUAUUUACCUUCCACCUUCCUCUGAGAGCCUACAUAGCAACACAGACUCCUCUCUUCCCGGAGGUCGAGGGGGCUGCCAUGGGAACGGCUGUCCUGCCUUCAAUGUAGCGUCCUCAGGGCAGUAGUGGUGGAGCUGGAGGAGGAGGACGUGGCGGUGGUGGUGGCGGCGGCGGUGGUGAACGUCCAGGGAUGGGCAGUACUCCGCAUCCAGCCAGUGAGUGGAAGGAGAAGGGCCGAGGCGGGCUGCAGGAGCUGGGCUGCAUGCCCUGGAAGGUCAGCAAGCAGAAAGCUGCUGGAGGAGGGGGGGAAGCAGUUUCAGGAGCAGCGGAGAGGAGGAGCAAGGAUCCGAGGGACGGUCAGCUGCAGCAGGAUCUCUCGUCGUCGUCGUCCUCCCUCUCCCCGCCGGCUCCCCAGCAGACUUCUCCGACAACUCCGGCCAUAUAUCACGAGAAGCAGCGGAGGGAGCUGUGCGCAUUGCAUGCGCUCAACAACGUCUUCCAGGAUGGGACGGCCUUUAGUCGGGACACCCUGCAGGAGAUCUACCAAAGGCUAUGUCCCAGCACUAUGGUGACGCCUCACAAAAAGAGCAUGCUGGGAAACGGGAACUAUGAUGUAAACGUCAUCAUGGCGGCAUUGCAGACCCGAGGGUUUGAGGCAGUCUGGUGGGAUAAAAGAAGGGAUGUAGGCAGCAUUGAGCUGUCCAACGUGGAGGGCUUUAUCCUGAACGUGCCGUCCAAUCUGCGCUGGGGGCCCCUCCGGCUGCCACUUAAACGCCAGCACUGGAUUGGAGUCAGGGAGGUGGGAGGUGCCUACUAUAACCUGGAUUCUAAGCUACGCAACCCUCAGCCUAUUGGCAGUCCUGAUGAGCUCAGGAAGUUUCUCCGUCAGCAGCUGCGAGGGAAGAACUGUGAACUCCUGCUGGUUGUCUCAGAAGAGGUGGAGGCCCACCAAACGUGGCGCUCCGACGGCUGAGGGUUCAACCCAGCCAAUCCCAUCAGCCAAACGGGCCUGUCGCAGGACGAACUGGAGCCGAAGUAGCGUUGUGCGCCGCCAAUUGCAUCGAUGCACCCUUGCAGUUGUACUUUCUCCCCACCACGCCUCUUUUUUUUUUCUUCUUCUUCUUUUUUUGGGGGGGUUUUGUUUACACGGCCGUUGCUGAACACUUAGCUGAUCUGAGACACAAAGUAAUGAAGAAGGCAAACACUUUACAGAGCGAAUCAAAGAAUCACAACUGAGACUAUUCUGUUCCUGCCGAUGAGUUUUUAAAAAAAAAAAUAUAUAUAUAUAUAUAUAUAUAUAUAUAUAUAUAUAUCGAUGCUUAUUUCUUCUGUCUUUCCCUUUUUAUUUUCUCAGAUUUCUAAAGUUGUGAGUUUUGGACCUAAGGAAAAUGCAGAUUUUUAUGUUUACUAUUUUUUUCCUCCUCCUCUUUUUUUUUUUUUUUUAUGUUUUAUUUUACUCCAUAUUUUCCCACCUUUCUCACCAAAGUUCACCCUCGCUUCCAUUCCCCCUCAUCUCGAUCUCAUCGAAUCCCAGCUCAGAGUGAGAGGUUUACCACAUCGCCAACUGUGUGUGUAUUUCAGCAAUUCCCUACACUUCUGGCACCGACUCACCCUUUACUGUAGAAUGCAACACGUUUUAUAUUAUGGCAACAAAGCAAUGCAACACUCAGGCCAAGUACUCCCUCUAGUGGAUAUUUGCUCCAGCUUGCUUAUAUCGAUGAUCAUCUAGUCAUGUGUUUUUGAAUUUCUUCUCACUGUAUAGACGCCUCUGUAAAGGAAAGAAAUAUGUUAUUUGUUUAAGACGUAUUGCACUACACACAAACAUCGCCCGUCAGUAAAGAAAUAUAUAUUUUGGGUUUGAUGCUAAACUCUCUUCCUCUUCGGCUCAAAUGCAGCAAAAUGCAUCCACUAAUUCAGGAGGAUAACUUUCAUGCUGAGUCAUGCUGACUUCAGAUUUAAAGUUUACGUGCAAAACCUUUUACUAAGUGAAUUUAUUUACCCCUACUGACGGAAGGAUCAACGGUAAAAAUCACGACUUUACACUAAAGUUUAGACGCUAGCUCUUUACCACUGAAAUGUAUCCUUUUGUCCUGAUUAGUUGUUGCCAGAGUUUUGUUUUUAGGUUUUUGCCUCAGUGACUCAGUCACAGCAGCCCUCUGUAGCACAGGAACUCAGCAGAUAAAGGGCUUUUCCUCAUCUUCCUGUAGUUUGUUUCUUUUGCCAAACACAGCUUUAAAAGGAAAUCACUGACUGUCCCAGCAAGUUAUUGACUGUAAUCUGAGGAAUCUCGGUCAAAGGAAGUUGUUCUUAAAGCGUAGUUGAGCGAAGAAAGUUAUUUGCUUGUAAACCUGAAAGGACCUGGUGAAUCAUGCAUAAAACGUGCGUGCGCACAAAAAAAGUGCGGCGCCAUAUUUUACGCACAAGUCGGCGUGUGUGCGUAAAUAUACGCACACUUUUUUUUGCUGGCGUGAAAAUGUGCGGGAGCCACGCAAACUUUUUCUGUGGA